AUGAUGACCAUGAUGAUGAUGAUGGCGGCCAUGAUGGUCACCUGCAGCUCUCUGAUCCUGCUGGGUCUGGCCGCCGCCCACGCAUCCUCCGCCACCGUGACCCGCGCUUCCUCUGCAUCUUCAUCUUCCUCCUCCUCCUCCUCCACCUCCUCGUCACCACGCAUGAAGCUCUCCUAUAAAGAGUUGCAGCAGUUCCAUGGAGUGCGGCGGUUCGAGCUGGAGCGUUCCUGCUGCUUCAGCGCUUUGCUGUUGGACGAAGAAAGAGGACGCCUCUUCGUUGGAGCCAAGAACUUCCUGCUGUCGCUAUCAUUAGACAACAUCGCCAAGCAGGAACACAAGAUCUACUGGCCGGCUCCCGUCGACUGGAGGGAAGAGUGUAACUGGGCUGGCAAGGACAUCACUUCCGACUGUGUGAACUAUGUGAAGAUUGUGCACCACUAUAACCGCACCCACCUGUACGCCUGUGGAACCGGGGCCUUCCACCCUACCUGUGCCUUCGUGGAGGUGGGACACAGGAUGGAGGACCACAUCUUCAGGAUUGACCCCUCUAAGGUGGAGGACGGGAAAGGGAAGAGUCCGUAUGAUCCUCGCCACAAUGCUGCAUCUGUACUCGUCGGGGAUGAGCUAUAUGCCGGCGUGGCCACAGACUUAAUGGGACGGGACUUCACCAUCUUUAGAAGCCUGGGGAAACGGCCCUCCAUCCGCACCGAACAGCACGACUCACGUUGGCUCAAUGAGCCAAAGUUUGUUGGUUCCUUUUGGGUCCCGGAGAGUGAAAACCCUGAUGAUGACAAGGUGUUUUUCUUCUUCCGCGAGACGGCGGUUGAGGCCCAGGGGCUGGGGAAGUCCACCUACUCCCGCAUCGGACAGCUCUGCAGGAAUGACAUGGGCGGUCAGCGAAGUCUGGUGAACAAGUGGACGACAUUCCUCAAGACCCGUCUGAUCUGCUCGGUGCCGGGAGCCGACGGCAGCGACACCUACUUUGAUGAGCUGCGCGACGUGUUCCUGCUGCAGACGAGGGACAGAAAGAACCCUCUGGUCUACACUGUCUUCUCUACUUCCAGCAGUGUAUUUAAAGGCUCAGCAGUGUGUCUCUACUCCAUGAAUGACAUCCGGAGGGCCUUCCUGGGACCUUUUGCCCACAAAGAGGGGCCCAACUACCAGUGGGUCCCCUUCCAGGGAAAAGUCCCCUAUCCACGCCCAGGAAUGUGUCCCAGCAAGACAUUCGGCAGCUUCGAGUCCACAAAGGGUUUCCCAGACGAUGUGAUCCAGUUUGCGCGUCACCACCCUCUGAUGUAUAACCCCGUCUACCCUAUGAGCCGACGGCCCGUCUUCGUCAGGACCAACGUGGACUACAGCUUCACACAGAUCGCUGUGGACAGAGUCAGCGCCGCCGACGGACAGUAUGAUGUCAUGUUCAUUGGCACAGACAAAGGGACAGUGCUAAAGGUGAUCAACAUCCCCAAGGAGAGCUGGAACAACAUGGAGGAGCUCCUACUGGAGGAGCUGGAGGUCUUCAAAGAUGCCUCAUCUAUCAUCGACAUGCAGAUCUCUUCAAAACGGCAACAGCUGUAUCUGGGCUCAGACACAGGCAUAGCCCAGGUCCCCCUCCACCGCUGCAGUGUGUAUGGGAAGGCCUGCGCUGAGUGCUGCCUGGCCAGAGACCCGUACUGUGCCUGGGAUGGAACCUCAUGCACUCGCUACCUGCCAAAUACCAAGAGACGUUUCCGUCGCCAGGAUGUCAGGAACGGAGACCCCAACACCCUGUGCUCUGGAGACCAUCAUAAGCACCGUGUUGCAGAGAGGAAGCUCUAUGGAGUGGAGGGAAGCAGCACUUUCUUGGAGUGUAUCCCCAAAUCCCUUCAGGCCAGAGUCACCUGGACCUACCAGAAACAUCCACAGAACCCACGGGAAGAGGUGCGUCUAGAUGACCGCAUCCUCCAGACAGACAGAGGCCUUCUGAUUCGCCGAGUCCUGAAGAGAGACGUCGGCGUCUACCAGUGCCACGCCAUGGAGCACGGCUUCACCCAAACCUUACUAGGCAUCACCCUGGAAGUCGUACCUUCAUCAUCCACCUCAGUCUCCAACCUGCCCUCGGACGCCCCUGUCCGAUUAGACCCCCGCAGCGGAGGCGCGCCCCCAACCAACCAAAAGCUUUGGUACCGGGAUUUCAUGCAGCUGGUGGACCACCCCAACCUGAGCACCGUCGACCAGAUUUGUGAGCAAGUUUGGGCGCGAAAGAAUGCCGGCGGCGGAGGCGGCGACCAAGGGGAAAAGACCUUUCCUGCUCCGGGGAAGGAGGUCCCGCCUCUGGGCCCCGCCGUCCGCCCAGCUAACAAGAAGUGGAAGCAUCUUCAGGAGAUAAGGAAGGGGAGAAACCGCCGGACCCACGACGGGAAACCGAACCCUCGGGCGCCUCGCAGCGCAGGGGAGUAACAGCGUAGAGAAAGACAUGGAGGGAGAAAAGAAUGACUGAUACAAGAAAGAAAAGAGGCGAAUAAUAGACUGAGAGACCAAGAACUCCUGGAGGUGUUCACACGUACAGACACACCACAUGAAAACACACGCAGACACACACACACACACACACACACACACCUCCUCUAUUGUGUAUAUUUUAUCUAUGGAUGCUCCCACUAUAUGGUACCCCACUCCCUGAGUCCUCGUCCCACUGGCCAGCCCCUGCAUGUGCUGCCUUACUGCCCAAACUGAUUCUGCACGAUCCCUUUACACUGUUCCACUAGCUUAGUAUAAGCAGGUACGUGGGAGUGAACCCACCUUUAUAAACUCAAACUCACCUGUCAUUCCCUUUGCCACUGACUGUAUAUGGAUUGGGGUUCACAACACAGGAUUACCACAUCUUUUGUUGGGUAAUUAAAGCUUGCCUACUACAUGUUAUAUGUGGAUACUUGCUCACAGUAUGAACACCUGCUCUCUGGACUGCACCACUCCGAACACAAUCAGCCCCCAAAGUUUUGGAUGACCUCUCCUCGCGGCUUUUCUUACCUGAAGAUUUCAUACCAAUGUGGACAAAAGGGUGGACUUGGGUGCUGCGCAUAACGGGGAAGGAAUGGAGAAACUGGAAUAUACUGGAAAGUAACGGUCUCUAACUGGAAACACAUUUAACUAUUUAUGUGCAAUUGCACAAGCAUGCAGACAAACACUUUCUAAAGCAUUAUUUCUACAGGUACAUUGAUCAACUUCCUGUAGUGCUUUUGUUGCACAUAUACCAUAAUGCAGUCAGUCAGAAGAGGUGGAGAUGCCAGCAGCGUGGGGCAGCCUGUGGAACACAUCAGCAUGUUGCAAACUGGUUAUAUUAUAUAGUAGGUUUUUUUUUAGUGGUUUCCUUAGGCACAUUGAGGCAUGUUGCAGCAAAAAUAAAUCACACAACACAAUGCAGUCCUGGUUGGAGAGCAGUUGUAUCUGGCAAGAUAUGAUUAUAUUGCUUUACUGGUCCAAACCACUAGAGAACGAGGGGUGGAAAAACUACUGGCAUUCCAUGAUGUGGGAGAAAGAUGAGAUGUUUACAGUAAACAGACAAAGCUGGAGCACAAAGAAGUCAAUUUGUUAAAGCUAAUAAAAGCCCAAAUAAGAUCUGGAUUACAUCAAGACAAGUUUUAGUGCAUAUAGGAGAAGAUGAUCCAAAACCUCACUCUAAAAUUUGCUAUUUAUUGGUUUUACUUUUGGCUGUGUUUAAUGUUUUGUGCAUUAACAUAAAGGAGAAAUCAUGUGGUGUGGGUGAAGAGGAAGAGGGACUCUAGUAUGACAACCCAUGUUUCUGGGCUACAGUACAGUAUAUAUAUAUAUAUAUAUAUAUAUAUAUA